AUGCUGGUUCAAAAGCUGUACAUCUCUGUGACCAUUCACAGUAUUGCUCUCACCUGCCCUCAAGAACAUUCAGCCUACAAGGUUUUGCCAGAUCACAACAUGGAAGUGUCUAGAGAUUUACCUUUUUUGGGAGAGGUAUCACCUUGUUGUUUCCUUACCAUAAGAGUGAUCAAAGCAAGGAAUCUCCGGAAAGCAGAUCUGCUAAGCCAUCCUGACUGCUACUCAAAGCUACAGCUGCCAACUGCUUCACCUACACAGUUCCAAACAAAAACCAUUCACAACUGCAAAGACCCCGUCUGGAAUGAAACUUUUCAUUUCAUAGUGCAGCCCAAAGUAAAGAAUGUGUUGGAGCUGAAUGUUCAUGAUGAUGAUGUCUGUCAGGAUGACCAUCUUUUCACUGUACGCUUUGAUAUAGCAAAACUCCCGUUGAAUGAAAAAGUGCUCAUGCAUUUUAACUGUAACCAAAAGGAACAUGAGGAGCUGGAAUUAGAAUUUGAGUUACUACACAGAUCAAGAAUGUCUGAAAUAAUCAUUACAAAUGGAGUUCUUUUGUCUCGACAAGUUUCCUGUUUGGAGGUCGAGGUGGAGAAGAAAAAGGCGCAAAACUCAAAAAAAAGACUAUAUCUUAUUGCAAAAGGAUCUCAUGAAGAACAUAAGGAAUUUAGUUUGGGUUUUGACUUCUGUAUGAAAUCUACAUUUCACUAUAUUAAAUAUAAACACCUAACAUUGGAUAUUAGAUUACCAAAGAAGGAUCUAGAUUAUUUAUUUGAGUCAUGUUCUUAUAAUAAAGAAGAAAAAUCUGUAAAAGUGGAAGUAAAUGCAAUUCCUCAGACCAAGAAAAUAGUAUUAGCUGAGAAUAAGAAAUUUGCUUUGCAUGUGAAGACAAAAGACUGUAAGACCAAUCCUGACCUCCGCUUGGGAUAUGACCUUUGUUCACAAGAGCAAGAUUUCUUACACAAAAGAAAGAACAUUGUCACUGCUGCCUUGAAGAAGGUUCUCAGGCUAGAAAAGGACCUGCAGGACCAUGAGGUCCCGGUAGUUGCCAUCAUGACAACAGGGGGCAGUAUGCGGUCACUGACUGCAUGCUAUGGAAGUCUUAGAGGUCUUCAGAAGCUCAAUCUCCUAGACUGUGCUACAUACCUGAGUGGAUUGUCUGGCACAACCUGGACCAUGGCAAAGUUGUACAAAGAUGCAUACUGGUCAAGAAAGAAUCUAGAUGAGCAAAUUCAUGAAGCUAAAAGACAUGUAACUAAGAGCAAACUGAAUAUGUUUUCCAUGGAGCGCUUGGAAUAUUACAAAAGACAAUUGCGACAUCGGAAACAAGAAGGGCAAAAACCUUCCUGCAUAGAUCUGUGGGGUCUCCUUAUUGAAUAUAUGUUGAAUGAUGAGAAAGACAACCAUAAACUUUCUGAUCAACAGAAAGCAGUGAGCGAGGGGCAGAAUCCUUUCCCUAUUUACACUGGCAUCAAUGUAAAGGAGAAGUACAGCACUAUGGAUUUCAAAGAAUGGUUGGAAUUCACACCUUACGAAGUGGGAAUACUAAAAUAUGGAGCUUUUGUUCGGACUGAAGAUUUUGGUAGUGAAUUCUUUAUGGGGCAUCUAAUGAAAAAGCUACCAGAGACUCAGAUCUGUUAUUUGCAAGGCAUGUGGAGCAGCAUAUUUUCCCUUAAUCUGCUAUAUUUCUGGAAUAAAAGUCACAGUUCCGAAGAUUUUUGGCACAAAUGGACUCAAGACCAAAUUAUGAAUAUUGAUGAAGAGCCUCAUUUAACUAUUGAACCACAUGAGCAGAAGACAGACCUCUACACCCCAGCUGGACCGCUAUCCAAUGCUUUUAGAGAUGUCCUAACAGAUCGCUUAUCAGUUGCCCAAUACCACAAUUUCAUCAAAGGUCUCCAGCUAGACAAUAAAUACCUUGAGAAUGAAAACUUCUCUAGAUGGCAAGACACUGUACUGGACUCUUCACCCAAUCAGUUAACCCAAACGGAAGAAUAUUUGUCUCUGGAAGAUACUGGAUUCUUCAUCAAUACUAGCUCUGCUCCUCUGCUGAGACCAGAAAGAAAGGUGGAUGUUAUCCUACAUUUAAAUUACAGCUCAGGAUCACAGUCUUUGCCCCUGGAGCGAUCAUGCAAGUACUAUGCAGAUCGAGGAAUCCCAUUUCCCAAAGCUGUCCUGAAGGAUGAUGACAAACAUCUGAAGGAAUGCUAUUUAUUUGAAGAUGCUGAGAAUCCAGCAGCACCAAUAUUAUUGUUCUUUCCACAAGUGAAUGAUAGUUUUCACUACUACAAAGCCCCAGGUGUCAAACGCUCUGAAUCAGAAAUGAAAUACGGUAACGUUGACAUCUCCUAUAACAGCACUACAUACUCAACGUACUCAAUGACAUUCACUGAGGAAGAAUAUGAUCAGCUGAUAGAACUGAGUGAAUACAAUGUUCUAAAUAACCAACAUCUGAUUCUUCAGGCACUGAAUAGGGCAGUGGAACGGAAAAAAAACCCUUAA